CCUAAAUUUGUCAUUAUUCCCCAAUUCAUUCUUCUAAAAUAGACAAAUGAUGAGAAGGUUAUGUCAUAUGUUGAUUCGUGAGAAUAUCAUGAGCUACCAAUUGUUUGUCUGUUGCUAAUACAGGAUCAUAUUUAAUAUACUAAAGCAAAUGAAAGCUCAAUACUUCAUAGUUCUUGUGCAGAAUCAAGUCGCAAACUGAAGCAUUGAUCGGAGGAAUGGGGUAAUAUAUCACAAAGCAUUUGGUACAAAGUUGCAAAUAAAUCUACGGUUAGCUGGACCAAAUGAUACGUGAUUGUAGAAAUGCUCAUCUCAACCUUAAUCAAACAGCCUGUUCCACCCUCUGAUCUUGUCAGGGCACACUUUGAAAGCGACCGGUGCAGGCAAUUGAUUGGGUAGUUACAAAAAAACCUGCGGUGAGCAAAAAAAAACACCUUGUUCCCUUUUUUAAAAAAACUUCAUCAAGACAUCAAAAGCAAAACGAUAUGAUGGAAGAGUGUAAUCUUGUCCAUUUCGACCAACAGGUAGCCGGUCACGACAAGCUGAUGUUGAUGUCAACCAAUGAUCUCAUUGUAGUGAAACCUUGUAAAAAACGGGAAUUAGACUUUUAUCAAGAUGCACUUAAUUUUCCUGAUUUCCAAGACUUUAUUCCCGAAUGUUAUGGCACAGUUCGUGCAGCCACCGAAAAGGAUUUGAAACUGUUGGAUAAAUCUGAACUUGAUGAUGGCACAGUAAAACUUGAUAACAACCAAACUUCGGAUCAAAAUCUUUGUUUGGAAAACGUGUUGCAUGGAUUUACUAAACCUUGUAUUUUAGACUUAAAAAUGGGAUCACUGUUAUAUGAUCAAGAUGCAACAGAAGAAAAACGUAAAAGAAUGAUCAACCAUUCUGUAACAACUACAUCAAGCACUCUUGGGUUAAGGUUUAGUGGUUUAAAGGUAUAUAAUUCCGUUCAAAGAAGAUAUGCUACGUUUGAAAAGAAAUACGGACAAUCUCGUACAGCUGAAAACAUAAUUGAUGCAUUACUUGGAUUUUUGUUUCCAGUCUCAAUAUAUGCAAGUAAUGCUGAGAAGGAUGCCAAAUAUGUAACGGAUAAGACAGAUCAGGACGAUGUAAAGAAGGAGAAAAUACCAACAAAAUAUUCAAAAUGGGUGAUUGAAUGCUUUAUAGAUACCAUCAAAGAAAUUAGAGAGUCCAUCAUCGAACAUCCCAAUUUACAGCUUAUUGGUUCCUCACUGUUGUUUAUUUACGAGGGAGACCGAGCUGCGGCAGACAGUACUUGGAAGCAGAUGUUAGAAGAAGACGAUAUACCAGAGAACAAAGAACUUAAAGCCGACGACGAUGAGUUAUCUCCAAAAAUGUGUGAUAUACGCUUAAUUGAUUUUGCCCAUUCAGAUUGGCAUGCUGAUAGAAAAGAUCAGGAUCCAGAGUUAGUGAAGGGCUUUGAUAACAUCAUUGCUUUGUUAGAAGAUUGUUUAAAAAGACAACGUCAAGAAAAAUUGUAAAUUAUGAAAUAAAAUCGCGUCGCGCUUUUAAAGCCUUCAAAAAGAUUUGAGGCCAACUCUAAUUCUGCAACGCGUUUCUUCCUCUCUUUUUUUUUUAAAAAAAAAUGAAGUUAAAAUCAAGAGGUUUAAAAUUGAAAG